AUGAAGUUUUCCUUUCUUCUCCCCAUCGCGCUAUUCUUUGCUGCCGCUCACGCUGGGCACCCAGAGCCAGAACCUGUUGAAUGUUCCGGUGUUGGCAGUAUCACCGCCGCCGCUGAUGAGAACGGCGAUUACUACGAAAUCUGCACGUGCCCCGAAGGUACUGAGAGAGCCCUGCUCUACACUCUGAGCAAGGUCUAUCUUCGAGUUCGGAUGCGCGUCCAUAGUGUCGCACCUUGUCGCACUGCAGCAAGUGACUGA